AUGAGCCUUCGAAUUCUGCUGGUUGGCAACGGUGGCCGAGAGCACGCCCUUGCAUGGAAGCUGGCUCAGUCUCCUCUGGUGGAGCGAAUCUUUGUUGCCCCCGGAAACGGAGGAACCGACAACCCCCAGGGAAAGAUCGAGAACAUUGCGAUUGGCUCUUCCCAGAAGGACUUCGCCAAGCUCGUCGAGUUUGCCCAGUCCAAGGAUGUUGGUCUCGUCAUUCCCGGUCCCGAACAGCCUCUGGUCGAGGGAAUUGAGACCCACUUCCGAAAGGUUGGUAUCCCCGUCUUUGGCCCUUCUGAGAAGGCUGCCGUCAUGGAGGGCUCCAAGACUUUCUCCAAGGACUUCAUGAAGAAGCACAACAUCCCCACCGCCGCGUUUGAGAACUUCACUGACUACAACAAGGCCGUGGACUACGUCAAGAAGGUGGGCCACCGAGUCGUAAUCAAGGCUUCUGGUCUGGCUGCAGGCAAGGGCGUGCUCAUUCCCACCUCCACCGAGGAGGCCAUUGCCGCCGUCAAGGAGGUUAUGCAGGACAAGGCCUUUGGCGAGGCUGGUGACGAGGUUGUCAUCGAGGAGUUCCUCGAGGGAGACGAGCUCUCCAUUCUGGCUUUCUCCGACGGUUACACUGUCGUUGACAUGCCCCCCGCCCAGGACCACAAGCGAAUUGGCGAUGGCGACCAGGGACUUAACACCGGCGGAAUGGGUGCUUACUGCCCUGCUCCCAUCGGUACCCCUGCUCUUCUCCAGGAGAUCAAGGAGUCCAUUCUCCAGCCCACCAUUGACGGUAUGCGACGAGACGGUAUCCCCUUUGUCGGUAUGCUCUUCACUGGAAUCAUGCUGACUCCCGACGGAAAGCCUAAGGUGCUCGAAUACAAUGUCCGGUUCGGUGACCCUGAGACCCAGACCAUUCUGCCUCUGCUUUCGGACGAUACCGAUCUGGCCGAAGUCAUGCUUGCCUGUGUUGAGCGACGACUUGAUGCCGUCACUCUGCGAGUCAAGCCUGAUGCGCACGCCGUCACCGUCGUCAUGUCUGCCGGCGGAUACCCCGAGAGCUACAAGAAGGGCGACGCUAUCACUGUCGGUGGUCUCCCCGAGCAGACUUACAUUUUCCACGCUGGAACCGCCUCCGAGAAUGGCCAGGUCAUCACUGCCGGCGGUCGAGUCAUUGCAUCUACCGCUGUUGCUCCCACUCUGAAGGACGCUGUUGCCCAGGCCUACAAGGGAGCCGACGCUGUUGAGUUUAACGGCAAGUACAACCGAAAGGACAUUGCUUACAAGGCCUUCCGAGACGCUGAGAAGACCUCUGGAGGAAUCACCUAUGCUCAGGCGGGCGUCUCCAUCGACAACGGUAACAAGCUCGUUCAGCAAAUUAAGGAGAAGGUCAAGUCCACCGCUCGACCCGGAACCGAUUCCGUCAUUGGCGGCUUCGGAGGUCUCUUUGAUCUCAAGGCUGCUGGAUUCCGAGACCCUCUACUGGUUGGAGCCACCGACGGUGUUGGAACCAAGCUCAAGAUUGCCCAGUCCAUCGACAAGCAUGACACUGUUGGUAUCGAUCUUGUUGCCAUGAACGUCAACGAUCUGGUUGUCCAGGGAGCCGAGCCUCUGGUCUUCCUCGACUACUACGCUACCGGAAAGCUCGAUGUCAACGCCGCUGCUGCCUUUGUUGGUGGUGUUGCUGACGGCUGUAUCCAGGCUGGCUGUGCUCUCAUUGGUGGAGAGACAGCCGAGAUGCCUGGCAUCUACUACGGCAACGACUACGACGCUAACGGAACCUCCAUCGGUGCUGUUGAGCGAGACGCCGUUCUCCCUCGAAUGGACGAGAUUGCCAAGGGAGACGCCAUUCUCGGUCUCGCCUCCUCCGGUGUCCACUCCAACGGUUUCUCUCUGGUUCGAAAGAUCAUUGAGCAUGCCGGUCUCACAUACACUGACGCCUGCCCUUGGGACCAGUCCAAGUCGCUCGGCGAGGCUCUUCUGACCCCCACUCGAAUCUACGUCAAGCAGCUUCUGCCCGUCAUUAACGCCAAGCUGACUUCUGCUUUGGCCCAUAUUACCGGUGGAGGUCUGGUCGAGAACAUUCCUCGAAUCCUGCCUGAAAACUAUUCCGCCAAGAUUGACGUUUCCACCUGGCCUCUUCCUCCCGUGUUCCAGUGGCUCGGAAAGGCUGGUAAUGUGCCCAAGGAGGACAUCUCCAAGACCCUCAACAUGGGUAUCGGCAUGAUUCUGGUUGUCAAGCAGGAGAAGGUUGCUGAGGUGACCCAGCUGCUCGAGAAGGUUGGCGAGAAGGUGUACCAGAUUGGAGAGAUUGUUCCUGACAACGAUGUUGACGAGAAGACUGUUCUUAUCAACACCGAGAACUGGUACUAA